CUCUUCUCUUUUCCCUUCCCAAUCACCUUCUUCCCUCUCUCUCUUCACCUCUUCAUUUUCUGCUCCAUUUCAGUGUAUUCAUUUUCAUAUUUUUCACAAUAAUCUUAACGGCCUACAAUGUUCGAGCACCUCAUUGUUUACAAGGCAACCUACGUGACCGUUCCCUAGCUGCCUAUCAUUAUGUUUCUUUCACGUAUCUUGAGUUUAACCUGUACCUGUUUUUUUUUUUUUUCCUUUGUACGAUAAUGUCAUUAUGCUUGUCGAAAAAUAAUAAUAACAGUAAUCAUAUUUUUUAAUUACUCAACCAAUAAUAAUGGAUGUUUGGUUUCUAAUGUUUGUUUUGGAGGUGUUACAAGCAUGAAGGACUGGUUGUUUUUUGACAAAAACUUCAAUGGUUUGUCGAACGACAUACUCGAUGAUGUCAUGGACAUCGAGCUUUUCGAUUUCCCCCUCGAAGACGUGGAAACUGAUGAUGGUGCGGAACAAGAUUGGAAUGCUCACUUCAAAUUCCUUGAAGAGCCUUCACUGGGAAUUUUUCCUGUACAACCGUCUCAGCACUGUGCUCAUACUCAAAAUGAGAAUGUGAAAGUGGAAAGAGGUUUCUCUGUUUCUACAGCAAAGAAAGCGGGUCCUACAUACAACAAAAAUGUUCCUAUCCAGAAAGAUUUGCACCAAUUUCAAAGUAACAGCCCAGUUUCUGUCUUUGAAAGCAGUAGCAGUAGUUCUUGUGUUGAGAACUCUAACUUGGAGUUACCUGUUAUCCCAACAAAGCGUCCACGAAGCAAACGCAGGCCUCUCUCAAACAUCACCCUGCUAUACUCCAUUCCUUUCAUCUUUACUUCACCGGCGUUUCAAAAAUCAGAUUUUGAAACACACCCAUUUGAGAAAUUUUCAAACGUGGUAAGAAAGCAGAGGAAAAAGAACAUUCCCAUGGUAGGUAACAAAACUGAGAUGAAGAGAUCCUCAUCAGAGGAAUUCGUUGCAGUCAGAAAAUGCUCGCAUUGUGAGGUGACAAAGACACCGCAAUGGAGAGAGGGACCAAUGGGUCCAAAGACCCUAUGCAACGCUUGUGGAGUUCGUUACCGCUCUGGCAGGCUCUUUGCUGAAUACCGUCCUGCAGCUAGCCCCACUUUUGUAGCAUCAUUGCACUCUAACUCCCACAAGAAGGUCUUAGAAAUUAGGAACAGAGACACCCAUGUCACAGUUAGAUAAACCUUCUUGGACAUUCUCUUAGGAUAGUGUUUUGUUAGGACAUCCUUUGUUAUUGUUCUCUUUUUAUGGUUUAAUCUUAAUGUUGCAUUGCUUUUAGCAAAUUAGCGUAAUUUGUUUCAUGUAAAAAAUUGGUUGGAAGUGGCUUCACUGCAUGCUAGGCUUCAGGGAGACUGUGUUGAAAAUUCUGAGAUAAUUGAAUAAAAGGCCUAACUUUGAUGUUGUUC